UCUAUCUGGAUUGGAAGAAUCAGCAUAGAAAAAUAUGGCUGGAGAAGCGUCAACUCCAGGGGAUCCGUCAUCACCGGAGUCGCCGACCUCUCCUUCGGUUGGCUUCAAUACCGAUCAACUUCCCUACACAAGCCGUGCAUCCGAGGACGACGCCGAGGCUUCCGUUGAUCCAGAGAUUGUACGGGAUGAACCUGAAGAACUCGAGGAAGAGGAAGAUGGGGAGGAUCUUUACAAUGACAAUUUCAUGGAUGACUAUCGGAGGAUGGAGGAACAUGACCAGUACGAAUCAAUUGGAUUAGAUGACUCCUUGGAGGAUGAUAGGGAUUUUGAUCAGAUCAUGGAGGACCGAAGGGCUGCUGAGAUGGAGCUCGAAGGCCGAGAUGGUCGCCUUCCCGUUCGCAGCAAGCUUCCUCAGCUUCUUUUCGACCAGGAUACUGAUGAUGACAGCUAUAGGCCUUCGAAAAGGGCUCGAGCUGAUUUCAGGCCUCCGCGUGGUGGAGGUAAUGAUAAUAUUGAUGGGACACAAAGUUCACCUGGAAGGUCCCAAGGGCACUCAAGAGAGGACAUUCCAAUGACUGAUCAAACAGAGGAUGAUCGAUACGAUGAUGAAUAUGGUGACGACAGUGAAUAUGAGAUGUAUCGUGUUCAAGGAACACUAAGAGAGUGGGUGACCAGAGAUGAAGUGCGCCGCUUCAUUGCCAAAAAAUUCAAAGAUUUCUUACUUGAAUAUGUUAAUUCAAAGAAUGAACAUGGCGAAUUUGAAUAUGUGCGGCUGAUAAAUGAGAUGGUCUCAGCUAAUAAGUGCAGUUUGGAGAUUGAUUACAAGCAAUUUAUAUAUGUUCAUCCCAACAUUGCCAUCUGGCUGGCUGACGCGCCUCAAUCUGUUCUAGAAGUAAUGGAGGAUGUUGCCCAAAAGGUUGUGUUUCAAUUACAUCCCAACUACAGAAACAUACAUCAAAAAAUCUAUGUUCGCAUAACCAACUUGCCAGUUUACGAUCAAAUUCGAAAUAUAAGGCAGAUCCACUUGAACACCAUGAUCCGGAUUGGAGGGGUUGUAACAAGGCGUUCUGGUGUCUUCCCCCAGUUGCAACAAGUAAAAUAUGACUGUAACAAAUGUGGAUCAAUCCUGGGACCGUUUUUCCAGAAUUCCUAUUCAGAAGUGAAAGUUGGAUCUUGCCCCGAGUGUCAAUCAAAAGGACCAUUCACUGUCAAUAUUGAGCAGACAAUUUAUAGGAACUACCAGAAGCUUACUCUCCAAGAAAGUCCAGGAACAGUGCCUGCGGGUCGACUUCCAAGAUACAAAGAAGUGAUACUACUGAAUGAUCUGAUUGAUUGUGCGAGACCUGGAGAAGAGAUUGAGGUCACAGGUAUUUAUUCAAACAACUUUGACUUGUCUCUGAACACAAAGAACGGUUUCCCAGUAUUUGCCACUGUGGUUGAGGCAAAUUAUAUUUCAAAGAAGCAAGAUCUCUUUUCUUCCUACAAACUCACACAGGAGGAUAAAGAUGAGAUUGAGAAGUUGGCCAAAGAUCCCAGAAUCGGAGAAAGGAUUGUCAAGUCUAUUGCUCCGUCAAUUUAUGGUCAUGAAGACAUAAAAACUGCAAUAGCUUUAGCUAUGUUUGGAGGUCUAGAAAAGAAUGUUGAAGGAAAGCACCGUCUACGAGGAGACAUAAAUGUUCUUCUUCUUGGUGAUCCUGGAACAGCAAAGUCACAAUUUUUGAAGUAUGUUGAAAAGACUGGACAGAGAGCCGUUUAUACUACUGGUAAAGGGGCUUCCGCUGUAGGGCUUACUGCAGCAGUUCACAGGGAUCCAGUCACAAGGGAGUGGACCCUUGAAGGAGGGGCACUUGUUCUGGCUGACAAAGGAAUUUGUCUUAUUGAUGAGUUUGACAAGAUGAAUGAUCAGGAUAGGGUGAGUAUCCAUGAAGCUAUGGAACAGCAGAGUAUAAGCAUCUCAAAAGCGGGCAUUGUCACAUCUCUUCAGGCACGUUGCUCUGUCAUUGCUGCUGCCAAUCCUAUUGGAGGAAGAUAUGACUCCUCAAAAACAUUUUCUCAAAAUGUUGAACUGACGGAUCCUAUCAUUUCUCGUUUUGAUAUCCUCUGUGUUGUCAAGGAUGUUGUUGAUCCGGUCACUGAUGAAAUGCUUGCAAAGUUUGUAGUUGAUAGUCACUUCAAGUCACAGCCUAAGGGUGCUAACAUGGAUUCCUUACAUGAGCAUGAAGAAGUUCUUGCGGCUUCGAUGUCUGCUGAUGCAGAGAUACUUCCUCAAGACCUGCUGAAGAAGUACCUCACAUAUGCCAAGAUGAACGUGUUCCCAAGGUUACAUGAUGCUGAUAUGGAUAAACUGACACAUGUUUAUGCUGAACUACGGAGAGAAUCUUCACAUGGACAAGGAGUUCCCAUUGCUGUAAGGCACAUAGAAUCAAUGAUAAGGAUGUCCGAAGCCCAUGCUAGAAUGCAUCUCAGGCAGCAUAUCACGCAAGAGGACGUGGACAUGGCAAUUCGUGUUCUACUUGAUUCAUUCAUCUCAACCCAGAAAUUUGGGGUGCAAAAAGCCCUGCAGAAGAGCUUUAGGAAGUAUAUGACUUUCAAGAAGGACUACAAUGAGUUGCUUCUGUUCCUUCUUCGUGAGCUUGUAAAGAAUGCAUUGCAUUUUGAAAGAAUUGUUACUGGAUCUACUUCAAACCUCACGCACAUUGAAGUCAGAGUAGAUGAUCUCUCCAACAAGGCACAAGAGCAUGAAAUCUAUGAUCUUAGACCCUUUUUUAGUAGCACUCACUUUGCAAGAGCCAAUUUUGUUCUGGAUGAGGAGCGAGGAGUAAUCAGGCAUCGCCUUGCAAGAUGAAGAUAGAAUUUUCCUAGAGUUUAUCAGUGGAUGUAACUGUGCAAUAAUCUUAAACAGUGAAAUUAAGAUAUGAGAUAUUUAAGUAGGAUGGUUCUCCUUUCAAUAGUUAAUUUUUCAGAAUUUGUAAACAUAUAUUUCUUUUUCUUUCUGGUGUUUUAUAAACAUGUAUUUCUUUUUGCCACCAGUAUUUGACACCGAGGUUCAUACGUCAUGAAGACAGACAUUG